UUUUUUUCCGAUCAGAAGCACUUGUACUAAAAGCGCUCCUACUCUUCACGGGCACAGGGCACUUAUAUCUGGCCGAUGCUAAAAAUAUCCCGACAAACCUAACUUAAAACUAGCUAAGUACUCUUAACGAGACUACCUUCGUCCCAAAUAGAUCGACGCUAACCUCUGGCCGCUCGCUUCUCCUCCCAUGUUCGAGUCGAUGCAACGCCGCCGGCUCACUGCCCUCCGUUGCUCCGUGCCUCUGUCGCGGAUUCAUAGCGAUGCAGUUCCCAGGAUUUCCAUCGGCACCGGCACAACGCCUCCAGGCUCACAGUUUCAUGGCGGCACCGGCACAACGCCUCCAACCCUUCACGACUUGAUGGGAUCUAUCAAGAACAAAUCGAUCAUCUUAUCAAAGGUUAUGCCAAUCUCGUUGACCUCAUCCAACCCAUGAAGUCUUUCAACUGGAAGAAGAUGAAAGGCCCUAAUUUUUUGGUAGUGGCUAUACAGAAGAUGGAAGACCCUACUGAGUGUUACAAGUUAUAUCUAUUAGAGCUGCGUUAGAGGCUUAGAGCUUUGGAGUCUCGUAUCUGUUAGUUUCCAUUGUUAUUGGGUUACACUGCUUCACUACUGGUACUGAUAAUGGAAAACACUGCCUGGCUGAGUUUGGGGAUCUGGUGGUGAUUAUGGCGGUGGUUGUGGUGGUGGUUAUGGUGGUGGUGGAGCCUAUGGAAAUGGAUCUGAAAACACUACUUACUAUGAUGACUAAGGUGGAUGAGAGAGAGUCACUAUACUCCACACCAAGUUGGAGAUGUUAUAAAUAUCAUAAACAGAACUACUCUUCAUCUCUUAUGGUUAUUGAUCAUGUCAACAAAAACAAGAGACAUAACACAAGCAUUCUCAUUCGACACCUUGGAUCAUCUGGAACUUCAAAGAUUCUUAUAGAUGCUGGAAUGUUCUACCAUGGCUGCUUGAGAUGGUUUCGUCUUUAUGGAUUUUUCUAUACAAGCAUUGAAGAUCAAAUGAUGAGGAUUGGUUUUGGAUCAAUGUAAUAAACUAAUAAAUAAUGGAUAUCUUGAAUCCUUGAUACUUUUUGCUUAGUUUAACUUUAUGGAUUAAAAGUAGUAUGAUUCCAGCAUUGUUUGGUCAUUGUGAUGUCAAAGCACC